AUGGGAGUGAGGUGCUUCACGUGGAAGGUGAUGGUGUUCAAAGAUGGGAAGAAAGGCCAGCACCACCCCUCGCAGCAUCACUCACAGAGACAUGCGCAUCAAAAUGCAGAUCGUAGACACAGUCACACUCAUUCCCGCUCACACUCCCUGUCCCCGUUCCGGCGCCACGGUCACUCCGAUGGUCGCACGGAACAAGAGGAAGCAGCAGUGGCUGUGGAAACAGCAGCAGCUGGGGCAGCAGCAGCGGGCGGAAGAGUCAAGAACGGCAUGAAUGGUGCUGACGGCAUGGGUGUUGAAGGGGUAGAUCGGAGGAGAGCGAGCGCAGCCGUUGCAGCAGCGACAGGAGCAGCUGUUGCUGCGACCGCAGCAGCAGGAGCAGCAGCAGCAGCAGCAGGCGAUGAGGAUGGAGGCAGUGAGGACGAGACGUCAGAGAACAGCAACGGCUCGUGGAUACGGCUCAUCCAGCACACCCACCAGCAGCACCAGGAUGGGAGUAAGCCCACGGUCGAUUCCCUGAAUGGCCACACGGAAGGCACUUCCGCGUUUGUCUCGUCUGAUCAGGUGCAGCAGGCACAGCAGCAGCAGCAGGCACAGCAGCAGCAGCAGCAGCAGCGGCAGCAGGAGGAGCAGCGGAGACCCCCUGGUGAGAUGGCAGGGCGUGCAGAGGGGAAGGAUCGGAGACACGUGGACGAACGAGUGUCGCUGCAGGUCUGUGGUGGUGCUGCAGAGACUGCAGAGGCGGCAGAAGCUGAUGGCGGAUGCAGAGAGGAGGGGCGAGGACAGGAGAGGAGGGAGGAGGGCGGGAGAGGAGGUGAGGGAGGCGAGGGAGACGCGGAGAGCAGGUGGCGGGAGAGGGAGCAGGGGAGGGAGUCGGAGGGGGGGCAAUGGAGAGGAGAGGGUGGGGCGGGGGUGAGUGGCGUGACGGAGGGCAGUGGCUUGGGGCGAGCGCGCUCGUGCUCGCCUAUGGGACGCGGGCAUGUGGUGGUGAGAGAAAUGGCUGGGACUGGGGAGAUUGAUGAGCGCAAGAGCCCUGCGCGGGCGAGGGAGGUUGACGAGUGGGUGGCCAGCUGCCUGCAGGCCGCCCUGGACCCUCUCUCUGCUUCUCACCCUGCAGCUGACUCUGCGGGAACGGCCGAGGGGGUAGUAUCAGCAGCUGCUGCUGCAGCAGCAGCAAGGGGUGGGAGUAGAGCGGGUGCACGUGCUGCGUUGCACCUACCUGGUGUACUGGGUACUGGCAGUGACAGGGACCGACAUGGCGUUGGGGAUGGGGAUGGAUGUGGCGAUGGAGGCAGCAACAACAGUGAUGAUUUCAACGACCCGGACGAGUUCUUCUCUGUGGCGGGUCCGUGCUCGCUCCCUCCCCCCUUUGCUUCCUCUCCCCCUUGCUCCCCCCCCUUCGUGCUAACUCUCCCCCGUGCUCUCCCCCGUGCUCUCCCCCGUGCUCCCUCUCCCCAUUGCUUCCUCUCCCACUUGCUCCACCCCUCUUUCACCCCGUUUACCAACUCCAUGCGCUCCUUUUCCCAGUCCUCCCCUCGCUCCAUUCCCCCCCCUCGCUCUCCUCGCUCCGUUCCUCCUCCUCGCUCGCCCAACCCGCGCACACCCUCUCGGCCUCGCACCCCCACUCGCCCUCGCACUCCCUCCCGCUCACAGCCUCCCACCCAAUUCCCCAUUCAACGCCCGCUUGCUGAAAAGACCACUGCUGCAGCUGCUGUUGCCACUGCUGCUGCUGCUGCUAACCCUGCAGUGGCAGCAAGGCAGAGUGACACAGUAAGAAGCACUAACACAGCUGACUCUAGGGCUUCUGACACCAUUCUUGCUGCUGCCACCGCUGGUGCUGCUCACAGUGUUGCUGCUACUGACCCAGCUACUGUUGCUAGUAAUGCGAUUGGCAUAACCACCAUGGCGGGCACAGAUGCUGAAGCUCCCUCCACAGUGGACCGUGGUCGGUCUAGUGGCAGCAUGAGGCUCCCUUCACUUGACGCUUCUGCAGCUGCUGGCAGUGGGGGCAUGGGAAUGGACCGGCCGGGUGCAGCAGGGGCAGGGGGUGGAGGGUCUCUCCUGGAGCGCACGUCAGGAGCAUCUGGUAGCGGUGGCGCGCUGCUGUCUAGACUCUUCCGCACCUCAUCUGCUCUCAACCCCAGCGAGUCCGUGAAGCGUUUGCUGAUGUGGCCACGGGCGGGCUCGCAGCUGUUUCGCUGCUCGCCCUCCGCCCGUGCUGCCACCAACUGCUGGUCGCCUGCUGACCCCUCCUUGCUGCUCGUGCGAGGUCCCAGCUAUGCCAGUGAUGGAGCCAAGGUCGCCCCUGCUGCCCCCCCUCUCUACGAGCCCUGGGCGGCAGACGUCUUUCACACGUCCAGGAAGAUCCGCCACAUUGCCGCCCACGUGGACCUCCCAGCCGCUCUCGUGCCGCCACCUGGCAGCGAGCCGGCAGCGCAGAGUAGCAACGGGCUGCCACCCGUGCUAAUCGUCAACAUCCAGGUCAGCACUCAUGCGUGUCGAGAGGGAAAGGGCAGAAACUGUGGUUCCUUACUCCUCCUUACUGGCUUCUCGUCCGUCUGUCCGGCCCCUCUGUCCCCUCUUCUGCCACCCCCUCGGCCUCCCCUGCCCACCCUCCAGCUGCCCCUGCAGCCACCCCCGCCGCUGCUCUCGCUGCAGCAGCGGGCGUGGGAUGGGCCGGGCCUGAGUGUGGUGCUCUAUUGUCGCCUGGGGGCGCACUGGCGCAACCAGGCAACCGCUCCUGCACAGAUGGCGGUACGUCGGCCUGUGGUUACAGGGGUGUGCAGCAUGGGGGCAUGGACACAUGUGGGACGGGCCAGGCCUGAGUGUGGUGCUGUACUGCCUGCUGGGGGCGCACUGGCUCUCAGGCAAGCGCUCCUGCACAGAUGGGGGUACGUGAGCUUGUGGUUAUGGGGGUGUGGGGCUAUGGGCAUGUGUGUGGACCGCCCGGGGCUGAGUGUGGUGCUGUACUGUCGCCUGGUGGUGCACUGGUGCAGCCAGGCAGAGGCUCCCGUGCACAUGGGGCACGGCCUAGGGAGGCAAGGAGGAGCGCCAGUGGAGGGAGAAGGCGAGGGGGGAGGGAAGAGGGCGGAGAAAGGUUCCCCCCACGUGCCUCGUGCAGCGACUGAGGAGGCGGUGAAGCGCGCAGAGCAGCCGCACGGGGCAGCAGGCACGGCAGCCGUGGAUGGGGUGGCUGCCGUGGAUGGGGUGGCUGCAUGUGAUGCUGCAGCAGGGCGAGAGGCGGAGCGUUCGGUCGCACAUGCUGAGGGCACCAGUGGCGGCAGCAGCGGCAGCAAGACACGGCGCAGCAACAGUGGCAGGCGUAGGGGCAGCUGGUCCAGCUACUCAUCUGCUGAUGAUACCGCCAUGGGAGGGGAGGUGGCUGUGCAGGGGCACGGGGGGAAGGAGCAUGGGGGAAAGGAGCAUGUUGGGAGGGAGCACGGGGGGAAGUCGGAACGGUGGUCAAGGUCCGGGGGAGAUGAUGGGGAAAGGGAAGGCGGAGUGGAGAAGGUGGUUUGGGACCGGCCGAAGCUGAUGGUGAGGAUGGUGAACAAGGGGGAGGUGGCACUGAGUGCGGCGGGCAAGAAGCUGGUGGAGGGGUGCUCGGGAAAGGCUGGACUCACUCGCCCUUACCACACUGUUCUGCAGGUGAGAAGCGUGCUACCGUACUGUGUGCAUCAUAUCUCAUACAACCCUCCUCUCCCCUCCUUUCCCCCUCUCGCCCUGUCGUCCGCCCCGCCUUACCUGUGGCUGGGCAUUCCUGUCCCUCCUAUCACAUCCAUCCUCCUUCCCCUUCCUCCCUGCUACUCUCCCCACUUCUUCCCCAUUUCUCCCCCUUUUCCCCCAGUCGUCCACACAGCCAUACCUGGAGCUGGACAUAGAGGCACAUGCUUUCCCCCUUUCUCUAUCAUAUCAACUCCCCCGUCCCCCUCUCGCCCCCCUUCUCCCCCCUUCCCUCAGUCAUCCGCCCAGCCCUACAUGGAGCUGGACAUAGACGCGCAUGCCUUCCCCCCCGCCCAUCAAAAGGCGCUGCUCUCCCUGCGCCCCCACCUGCCAGAUGCCAUCCUCGACAUUGCACUCGUGCUGCAGCCCAGGCGCUGCUGUCGUGCCCUACAGCUCCAUCCAUCGUCGCUCGUUCUCCUCCUCCCUCAUCCCUUUCGCCCCUCCGCCUUUUCCCCCGCCUUUUCCCCCGCCUUCCCACUGCCUUGUCCCCUCCUUCCUCCUGCCUUACCCCGCCUUCCCUGCGCCCAGGCGCUGCUGUCGUGCCCGACGGCCUCCAUCCACUCGCGCGACUCGCUAUCGCUCGUGCCGCGGGCACGCGACGCGUUCCCGCUGCCCAUCGACGCGGCGGCGCUGCCCGGCGUGUUCCACUGCGGCUACCACUCGCGCAAGUCCUUCGGCGCCGCGUCCUACUUCAUCCAGCGCGCGGCGGGGAACGUGAUGGUGGACUGCCCGCGCUACUCGGAGCACCUGGCGGAGACACUCGCGCGCAUGGGCGGCGUGCGCUACAUCGUGCUCUCGCACCGCGACGACGUGGCGGACCACGCGCGGUGGGCGGCGCGGUUCAAGGCGGAGCGUGUCCUGCACGCGCUGGAGGUGCAGCCCGACACGACAGACGUCGAAAUGCUAUUGGACGGCACGGGGCCGUGGUGCCUGGGGUCGGACCUGAAAAUUGUCUUUACUCCCGGUCACACCGAGGUGAGGGCGGGUAGAGCGCGGUUGAAGUGGAUAGGGCGAGGUGGAGAUGCGAUUGGACGGCAGGGGGCCCCGUGCCUUGGGUCCGACCUCAAGAUCAUCUUUACUCCUGGUCACACCGAGGCGGACAGAGGGGCGCUGCUCGCGGACUUUGCCCUGCUCUGCGGAGCAGGAGGCGGACUGUGCGCUGCCUGCUCACAGGAGAAGAGGCGGACUGUGCGCUGCCUGCUCACAGGAGAAGAGGCGGACUGUGCGCUGAAACCACCACUCCCUUUCCCGUUCCCCCACCCCCCACCCUUGACACUUAUAAGGUCACUCCGUGAUCCCUUACCCCCCUGUCACCCCCCGGCCCCCCUGGCUUCGCUCCCCUGUCAUGUGACACGCGCCACCACGAGAGCAGUGCCGGUGCAGAUUCAGAGCACCAAGAAGCUGGUGGGGCUGCCCUUCCGCUGGCUGCUGCCAGGUGAGGCGCGGUGCUGCCAGUCCCAAUCGUUCAUUCCCAUCGCCCCCUUCUUUCUCCUCCCUACACGUGUGUACCCAGGCCACGGGCGGCGGUUUCACUUUGCGAGUGAGCAGCAGAGGGACGCGAUGCUGCAGCAGGUGGUGGCGGGGGAGGAGGCGCUGCUGCUGCGGGGCCGUUAG